AGUAGUGUAUUGAACAUUUUCUGUUUAUAAAUAAUUCUGUUUUAUUAAACCAGAUUAAAAUAGCUUUAUUUCCGUUUAACAUCCCGUCUUUAUCAUAUGGCGGACAUUAGACAGAGAAAAAUUCGUAGCUUAGAAGAGAUAAAAGAAAAGACAUUAUCUGAAGAUGAAGCUGAAGAUAUGCCAGUUGCCCCUGACUUGAAAGCUGGGAAAACCAGCCUCGCUCAGGCGUCCGAUGAAACUACAGAGGUUUUAGACUCAGCUCUUAAGGACCUUACUCCAAGAUGGCGGAACUGGGUGAUUCGAGGUAUUUUUACCUGGGUUAUGAUCUUCAGCUUCUGUUUCAUCAUCUACAUGGGACCUCUGGCUUUGGUUCUUCUGAUUUUUGCUAUCCAAAUCAAGUGUUAUCACGAAAUUAUAACCAUUGGUUAUGUUGUCUACAAGUCGUAUGAACUGCCAUGGUUUAGAACGCUCAGUUGGUACUUCCUCUUUACGUCCAACUAUUUCUUCUAUGGUGAGAGCAUGACUGAAUAUUUUGGCGUUCUGUCACACAUCAAAUUCUGGCACUACUUUGUGUCGUACCAUCGGUUUAUCUCGUUCUCCUUGUACGUUGGUGGCAUCGUCGCAUUUGUGUUCAGUUUGGUCAAAAAGCACUACCUGAAGCAAUUCACACUGUUUGGCUGGACCCAUGUGACCCUGUUGCUUGUGGUAACCCAGUCCCAUCUCAUCAUCCAAAACGUCUUUGAGGGACUCAUCUGGUUGUUGGUUCCAGUGUCAAUGAUUAUUUGCAACGACAUCAUGGCAUACAUGUUUGGCUUCUUUUUUGGCAAAACACCUCUCAUUAAAUUGUCUCCCAAAAAAACCUGGGAAGGUUUUAUUGGAGGAGCUAUUUCAACAAUCAUCUUCGGAAUCAUGCUGUCCUAUGUUCUGGUGCAGUUUGACUUCUUUGUUUGUCCGAUCCACUAUGAUGAAGAGAAAGAGGCUCUGUCGAUGGACUGUGAGCGUAAUCCAGUGUUCCACAUCACUGAAUUCAAUCUUCCCGAGACAUUACAGGGCUUCUUUUCAUUAAUUCGAAUUCCAUGGACAACAGUUAAAAUCUAUCCGUUUCUCCUCCACUCUGUGUCAAUGUCAAUAUUUGCUUCUGUUAUUGGUCCCUUUGGAGGCUUCUUUGCCAGUGGAUUCAAGCGAGCUUUUAAAAUUAAGGAUUUUGGUGACAUCAUUCCAGGUCACGGCGGCAUCAUGGACAGGUUUGACUGUCAGUUCCUCAUGGCGACAUUUGUUCAUGUCUACCAUUUCAGUUUUAUCAGAAUACCAAAUCCCCAGAAGUUGCUGCAGAGCGUGUUCUUGUUAAAACCCGAGGAGCAGCUCCACGUUUUCCACCUACUGCGGGAACGCCUGAUCAACCGAGGACUUCUCAACAUUACCACUGGAUUAUGAUCUCUUCAUUCAGUUCUAUCACACCGUUAAAAACAUACAUGUGUACUGACACUUAACAAACCUUCAUUGCAGGUUCAGACAUAGAUUAAUUUGUCAGGUGCUUUUAAUGCAGUUUUGAGACGUACAUUAAUAUUUAAUGUACUUUCAUUUCAGAUUAGCAUUUGAUUCACCUGCACUGCAAAUUAGCAUUUGAUUCACCUGCACUGCAAAUUAGCAUUUGAUUCACUUGCAUUGCAAAUUAGCAUUUGAUUCACCUGCAUUGCAAAUUAGCAUUUGAUUCACUUGCAUUGCAACUUAGUAUUUGAUUCACUUAAAUUGCAAAUUAAUAUUUGAUUCACCUGCAUUGCAAAUUAGCAUUUGAUUCACCUGUAUUGCAAAUUAAUAUUUGAUUCACCUUCAUUGCAAAUUAAUAUUUGAUUCACCUGUAUCGCAGAUUAAUAUUUGAUUCACCUACAUCGGAGAUUAAUAUUUGAUUCACCCGCAUUACAGAUUAAUAUUUGAUUCACCCGCAUUACAGAUUAAUAUUUGAUUCACCUGCACUACAGAUUAAUACACUGAUCAACUUUAGCUAGGGAUAAUUGGAUAAACAUAUUAUGUCAAGUAUAGCAAAUGCAUUUAUUGUGUCCGAAGCAUGACAUAUCUGAUUGUAGUCAUGUUUUAUUGUGGUGAUGUAUGGGACAUCCAAACUGCAUAGAUUCAGUGGUUUCCUGUUGCACUAAUUUAAAAUUUGCACAAAUUGUUUAUCAUGACAUAAUGUUUGGUAAACCCCCAGUGAAAGUUGAGUAAUAUAUUUGAUUUACCUGCAUUACAAAUUAAUUCUUUAAUAACUGAUUCAUCUGUAUUGCAGGUUAAUAUUUUAUUCAUCUGUAUUGCAGGUUAAUAUUUGAUUCAUCUGCAUUGCAGGUUAAUAUUUAAUUCACCUGUAUGCAGGUUAAUAUUUGAUUCAUCUGUAUUGCAGGUUAAUAUUUGAUUCACCUGCAUUGCAGGUUAAUAUUUGAUUCACCUGUAUUGUAGGUUAAUAUUUGAUUCAUCUGUAUUGCAGGUUAAUAUUUGAUUCACCUGCAUUGCUGGUUAAUAUUUGAUUCACCUGCAUUGCAGUUGGAGAUGCAGAUAACGAUUUGUAUGUACUGUAAAUGAUCUCAGAAUUAUAUGGUUCUACAUCGAAAUUAAUGGAUCUGUAUCGAUGGGAUAGGUCAGUCAUACCCACGGCAUGGUGAUGUGUUGCACAUCUGUGAGGUUCUCUUCUGUAUUGUGACAGAAUUUGUGGAGUUAAAUUAAUCCUAUAUCAAAGAGUGUCAAUAACAUCAAGAUCAAUAUCUAGAUUUCUAUUUUAAAAAAUGCCAGAACCUGAUAAUUCUGAAAGAGCAUUAACAUAUCUUUGACAUUCAUUUUUUUCUUUUAGUAUUUUAAUAGUUUUAUUUUACCAGAGAUGUGAUUUUUUUACCUUUUUAAAAAAAAAUCCAAUUUCAGCUUAUUUCUUUGUGUAAAAUAAAUUUUCACAGACUAGCUUUGAUCUGCAAUGCUGAAAAUUAACCUUUAUUUGUGUGUAUAUGAUCAUUAUCAUCUUUUUAAAGAUCAUUUCAGCUUGUACUUUAAUUGUAUAUUUUAAUUGAUUUUCUUGUACAAAUAAGUGGUAGAAAGGUCCAAGAACAAGUUCAGAAAAUUAGUUUUUAUGUAUAAAACAUAUAAAUCUGUACAAUGUAUGUUUAGCAAUGCAAUGUAAUUUACUUGUUUACUUCAUUGGUUUAUUACUUUUCAUAGAGGUUAAAGGCAUGAUAACAUGGCAGUUAACCCACUCAAAAAAACACAUUUUGUGACUUGAAAUGUACACUGUGGUUUGUUUUUUCUCAUCUUCAGCUAUUGCUCUUACCAUAAACUGUUCUGUUCAAAGGUACUUGUGAUUUAGGCUACAUGAUCUUUAGGCUACAUGAUUUAUGAUUCUGUAUUUGUACUUUCAUUCACACCCAUCAUUCAUUAUUUAUGAUAGCACACACUAAUAACACACAUAGGUGUAACGAUUUAAAGACAUAUGACUGGCUGCUCCUAGGUGAUGACCCGGUCGCCACAGCCAUAGCAUCUAAAUAGCUUUAUAACAUGUAAGUGAACCUGAAACUGAUUAUUUUGUGAUACAUAAGCACAAGCGCCAUAAUUAUGUCUUAGCUGAAAAAGACCUUUAAAUUUGUUUUAAAACUAGUUUUUGAGAUUAUGUAAGAAAUGGAAUGCCACAUUUGUUUCUGUUCGAUACCAUUUAUCUUACAGUUCAUUGUUUAAAAAUGUAUCCAACUCAUUUUCGCUCAUUAGAUACAUUUAGAAACAACUUGUAAGUUUGAUGGUAUCUAACAGCAUGUAGUAUUUUCUAGAUACACCAAAAGAGCAACAGCAAGUAGGACGUGACAACUUUGUAGUUGAUUGAAUAAUGUACAUUUCUGGCCAGAUUAAAUGUAUAUGGGCCCACGUUACAAAUCAUGUUUGUCCUACAUGCGUGUAACUACAUACAUUUGUCCUACAUGCGUGGAACUACAUACAUUUGUCCUACAUGCGUGGAACUACAUACAUUUGUCCUACAUGCGUGUAACUACAUACAUUUGCAUUGCUUAAACACCUGCAUUUAAGGAAAAUGGGUUUCAUAAAUUUGGCCUGUAUAUUUUCUGACAAUAUUUUUUUGGGCCAUAUACAGUGAAACCUCUUAAAACUGGACCCUCUGUAAACCGGACAUUUAUCACGGUCCUUUUUUAAAAAUCAAUACAGAACUUAACCUCUAUAAACUGGAUAUCUCUUAAUAUUAGACAUUUUACUUGGUCCUGAGGGUGUCCGGUUUAGAGGGGUUUCAGUGUAAGUAGAACAACUGCCAUGCAACCAUAGACCUAACUCACAAAAAUCUUUUAAGCAACGUCACAUUGUCUUUGCAAGUUUUUUUGCACUGCAAGAUUAAGUUGCAAACAUUUUGUGAAUUAGGCUCCAUGUCUUUGAGUCAGUAUGUGUGACAGAGCCAUCAGCAAAGAAAACCACACAUGACCUCAUCCAGUCACAUCAUGCAUUUAAAUCAGCACUAACCUGUGUUUUGCAAUCAAAAUAAGCACAAUCCCUUUUCAUAUGUAAAUAUUUUUUCUUUAUACUCCAUCCUGACCUCUGACCGUGUGCAUUUCCCCCUCUUUUCCACCUUACGGUCCGAACAUUCAACAGCUAAAUGGUUACGAAAUCUUAUUAAUAAAAGAGAAAACACUUUUAAAAGUUUUCUUAUUAUGUCAACAAUUAUUAGAUAAACAAAGUGUGUCAGUCUCAAAUGUUCAUUUGCAUAAUUAGUCUAAAUGUUAGGUAUAAAACUAGGUUUUAUUUGCAGUAUGUAUGAUUUCUUGCCACUAACUUUUUUUUUUUUUUUUUUUUAACAUAAUGUUCUAGUUGCCAUUGUUCUUUUAGAAUACUUAACACGAACAACAAGUAGAAAACAGAUUUUGAAAUUGUUGGUUCUUAUGAAAUAGUCUCCCAAAUGAGAAAAAAUAACCUAUAUUUGAAAAAGUAUUGUGUCCAUGAAUAAGUGUUUAAUGUAUAUUUUUAGUGAUUACUUGUCUGUUAAAGUUUUGAAAUUCUAUAAUCUUUCGUAGAUAGACUUUAAAAAUUUACUGGUAUCUUUUUCUAGAUACAUUUUGAUUUUGUUUCUUUUUACUGUGCAGGGCAUGUGUAAUUAGUAAAGUUUCACUGUAAAAUCAGUUAUUUUUAUAGUAUAUUUUAAUCUGCAAACAUUCUUGUUUAUAUCAUGGUGCUAUAAACAAUCAAGUACAAUUAUUAGUAAGACUUCGAUGAAAACUCGGCUUGAAUACAUUGAUUGGAGACACUUUUGUCAUAGCUAGAAUCAUGCGGAGGUUUAAAUAAUUUUCAUUCAAAUAUUGUGUAUUUUUCAUUCUGUUAAAACACCAUUAAUACAUCUGCUAAUUUUUAUUUGCUAAAUUGUGAAAAGAUUCAUUCCAUACUGUAACAGAUUUUCACAUAUAAAACCUAUUUAUCCAUUUUGGAUUGUCCAUUUAUUGUUGUAUUGUUUAUUUGUAUUACGAUAAAGGAAGCACAAUGUUGUUAAUUGUAA